AUGGAAUGGAAUAAAAAUUUUCAAUCGAACAGCAUAUUUGUGUAUAAUUUUCCAAGUGAAUGGAUGGAAAAUGACAUAAAAAAAAACUUCAUGAUUUUCGGAACCAUAAACAAUGUCAUAAUAGACAAGGACAUAAACAUUUACGCCUAUAUCCAAUUUCACGACGGCGAGGCGUGCCAAAAGGCUAUGGAAGUUAUGAAUGGGAAGGAAGUGAGCGGGAAGGUUCUGAAGGUCACUGCCAGAAAAAUGGUGGAAGAGUGCAUGGACAUGAAUUCUACGAAAAUUGAAGCCCCACAGAAAACUCAACCAAAUGGUGAAAAUAAAAAAACGACACUCUUUGUUUUUUACCUGCCUCCCCAUUGGAAUGACCAAGAUUUAUUCGAUAAAUUUAAAACCUUCGGCAAUUUGGAAAGCGCCACUGUCGCCAAAAAAAAUGACAAAACGAGUAAAGGAUACGGUUUUGUUGUUUACACGGACCCCCACAGCGCCACAAUGGCCAUAUCAAAUAUGAACAAGGUGGAAGUAUACGCAGGGAAGCGACUAAAGGUCCUGUUGAAGUCCAACUCCAACGAAAAUAACAAGAAGAAAAUAAAACCCGGGUGCACCAUUUUCGUUUUUUAUUUACCAAAUGACUGGAGUGAUAAGGAUUUGAAAAGACAUUUUUCACACUACGGAAACAUCUUGGGUGCAACGAUAAAAAGAGAAACGAAUGGAAAGAGCAGAGGGUACGGCUUCAUUAAUUUCGAGAAUCAGCAAAGUGCCAUCAAUGCCGUGGCCGGUAUGAAUGGAUUCAACGCGGGCAACAAAUAUUUAAAAGUCUCCAUAAAAAAAGGGGAGGAACAGUAUUUGGCCCCACAGUACCUAAAUAUCGAUCGAAUGGGAAACAAUUCCUACGGGUCGCCUCCUCCGCCUCCCCCACCCAUGGCGUGCCAUGGAAAUGACUCACCCAACUUCGGAAACGGCGAUAUGUAUCCCAUCCAAAGCACGUUACCCAACAGUAGAUUCAACUCACGAGUUACAACCAAUGAGAUGCACCAAUCCUUUUUAAACUCUCAGUAUGACCACUUCCCAUACAACUUCUUCAAAAAUAAUGAGCAGGCGCCAUACAUGCAGAGAUCGUACAACAAGAAUUACAACAACAUGGGAAAGACUUAAGGUGUUUAAGUGGCAUCAAGA